AUGGCUAUUGCUCAACCUUGUUUUAGUUAUGAUGUUUUUUUAAGUUUUCGAGGCGAAGACACUCGCCACGGUUUCACAGAUCAUCUCUAUACAGCCUUGAAGCAAGCAGGGAUCCGCACUUUCUGGGACAAUGAUUCAAUGGAGAGAGGAAAAAUGUUGAAGCCAGAACCGAGGAAAGCCAUCCACGAGUCUGCAAUUUCACUCAUUGUUUUCUCAGAAAGCUAUGCAUCCUCCAAAUGGUGUCUCGAUGAGGUUAUGAUAAUUAUUGAAGAACACGAGACUUCAUCCUGUAAACAUCAAUUUGUACCUGUGUUCUACAAAGUGGAACCAUCUGAUGUUCGAAAUCAAACAGGAUGCUUUAAAGACGCAUUUGAUGUGUAUGAUAAUGAAGUCAACGUAGAAUCAAACCUUCGAAAGAAGAAAAAAUUGUUAGAGAAAGUGAGGGCAUGGAGAGAUUCUCUUAACAAAGCUGCAACCUUUACAGGAUUGGUAUAUAAAGAUGGGUACGAGUCCAAAUUCAUAAUCAAUAUUCUAAAUGUUGUAACAAAGGAAGUGGACAACAAGGCCCUACACAUUGAGGAGAAACUAGUGGGAAUAAAGGACCAUCUUGCUGAGAUCCAAUCAUGGUUAGAAGAUCGGUCACCCGAUGCAGUAGUCCUUCUCAUUGAUGGGAUGGGAGGCAUUAGGAAAUCAACCAUAGCCAAAUGCAUAUUUAACUUAAACUCACGUAACUAUGAUGCCAGUUGCUUUCUGGCAGAUAUUAAUAAGGAGACGUCGAAUAAAAAUAGUUCACUCAAUCGCUUCCAGAGUCAGCUUCUUUCCACUAUUUUAAGGAGUGAAAAAGAAGAAACUAUAUGGAAUGUUGAUGAAGGAACCAAUAAGGUGACACAUGCCAUAUCCAACAAAAAGGUACUUCUUAUCCUUGAUGAUGUUGCAACAAUGGAACAGUUAGAUGCGUUACUAGGACCGAAAAGGUUUUAUCCUGGAAGUAAUGUGAUCAUAACAACUAGGCACACAUGGUUGUUGACUGCUUUCAAAGAUCAUGGUAAGAUCCACUCCCUUGGAACAUUAUCCAUGGGUGACGCUACUGAGCUCCUUAGUUUGCAUGCCUUUGGUCAACACUAUCAACCCGUUGAACCCUCUAUUGUCCACUUAGAAUUAGUUGUUCAGCGCUGCAAGGGCCUUCCUUUGGCUCUUAAAGUAUUGGGAUCUUCCCUACGUGAAAAGACAAAUGAUGAAUGGGAAGAUGCAAUUCACAAACUGGCAGCAAGUACUCCUCAUCGUGAGAUUCAGGAAGUUCUGCAAAUAAGCUAUGAAUCUUUGGCAGAUGACAAGGAUAAAGGUUUAUUCUUGCAUAUUGCUUUCUUCCUCGAGGGUGAGGAAAGAGACUACAUUGUGAAAUUAUUGACUGAAUGUAAUCUACACCCUGUUGUUGGGAUCAAGAAUCUAAUGGAUAGAUGUCUGGUUUAUGUUGAAGAUGGGAGAGUGAUGAUGCAUCAAUUAAUCAAGGAGAUGGGACGAGAAGUUGUUCGCCAGGAAUCAGAAAAGGAACCUGGGAAAAGAAGUAGAUUGUGGGACCAUCAGGACUGUAUUAAUGUGUUGCAAGACCAUACCGUAUGCUUACACACCCCUUUUGUAUAUUACUAUUACUUCAGUAAUAGUAAUCAUGCAUGUUGAGCCAUAGUUUACCUUUUUGAAUUUCUUAACUAGGGUACAGAAACUGUGGAAGGACUCACGCUUGAUAUACAAAAGAUCUUGGAAGCCCAAUCAAGAGAUAAUGAUGAUGCAUAUUUCCAAAUUAGUGCCCUGGAGAAGAUGAAGAGUCUAAUUCUACUUCAACUUAAAAAUGUAGGAUUUUCUGGGAAAUACAAGAAGUUUCCCAGAAAGUUACGAUUGUUGAGUUGGCAUGGAUUUUCUUUAAAAGCCCUACCAGGUGACAUUUCAUUGGAGAAGUUGGUGAUACUUGACAUGAGCUACAGCAAAUUAACACGUGUUUGGGAUGACUUCAUGUACAUUGGAUCUUUAAAAAUCCUUAAUCUUAGCUAUUCAUUUGACCUAAUUGAAACCCCGAAUUUUGGCGGACUCCCUAGUCUGGAGAGCUUGAUCCUGAGACUAGACAUUGUUGGAGUUUAAUCAAGGUUGGUGA